AAUAUAAGCGAAUGUGUCCGCGUCACAAGUCACUGUGACACGAUAGCCGAAGGACUUCGAGCGUGUCACCAUUAACGUGGACAUUUUGUUUACAAAAUGAACAAGUUUUUUGCACUAGUGUUGGUGGUCACGCUUGCCUGCUCUGGCCUAGCUAAACCGGCACCAGUAGACACAGCAGAGUUGAGCAAAGCGGCAGCGGCAGGUCAAUGGGAUAAAAUACAGGAACUACUAAAGAGCAACUUCCCAUCGAUGUCAUCCCAAUCGUUGCAGUCAGCGCCCAGCGGCGGCCGUUUCUUCUCACAGAGCGAGUAUGCGUACCAGACUGCAGUCAACGACAACGGCAGGGUGUCCAAACAGGGUGACAGCUACGGUGUCAUCAACCAGGAUGGCGUCAUCACGCAGUACAAACCACCUCUACCGCCACUUAAGGGAUUCUCGUAAAAAAGUCCCAGACAAGAAGCUACCGUGACACCAACCUGAAAGAACUGGAAUUAGACGCGAUGCUCUUUUGUUACUUUUUAUUAAUCUUGAUUUUCUAGAAUCUUUGUUAUUGUUCAGUGAAAGAGAAAGCGUCAUUUUGGCCUAAACUAACCAGAAAAAUAAUUAUGUGAUAUGAAAGUAUAUUUCUUUUUAUUGCAUUUAAGGUGGAUUGGAAAAUCAAAAAGUCUAGUUUUUAUAUAGGUAGGUUACUAUUAAACGGAACAUCUAGUUCACGUACACGCGCAUCUGUGUGUGUGAGUCUAACAUCAUACGAUUGAAAUCUAAACUAUGUUCGAGGGGGGGUGAGGUAAACCUAGCUCAGUCGCUGGUGGGGAGCGGAGAGUUGCCGUUCUAUAUUAUGUAGUAUUAUUCCAUUUUUUUUAUUGUUGUAUGCGCGCAGCGAGUUUGAUCUGUCAAAGUACAGAAGCCAGUGUUGUAGUUGCUACGUUCAUUAGCAUAGUGACGUAUCAGUCGAUAUUAGGCCGAUGGAUUGUGUUCUACUCGUAUUUAACAGUACCUACACAUGUUCGGAGUUUGUGAAAUACUGAACAUUUUCAUGUUUUUGACACUCCAAUUGACCAUACCUGCAAUAAUCAAAUUUUAAUUAAUUUUAUUUAAAUUCUUUUACUCACAUGAAAUCAUUACAAAAUUCGCAAAAUAAGAAAGUAACCAGGAAAGUAACGCGAUUUCUAUUAGGUAAUAAUGCGGUUUGGAACAUUGUGUUGUAUCAAAUAGUGCCAUACAUUUAUAAUCUACUAGCUUUUGCCCGCGACUUCGUCCGCGUGGCGUGUUAUAAAAGAGAGAUCUUUGUGUGUGUGGGAGUGCAUAUCAAAUUUCAAGCAUCUAACUUAUGCAGUUUAGAUUUUUCAUAUUUUUUUUUUCCCGCUAACUCCCAUUUUUCAAAAUACAGCCAUAACUAAACUUUAUAUUUACUAAGGUAUGCAUGCAUGCUAGAUUGAAAACAUAUAUCUUACGCGGUUUCGAUUUUUUCAUACAAAUGUUUUUUCCUGCUAACUCCCGUUUCCGUGGGAAUUUUGCAAUAUCCUGUUGCAACUAAACUUUAAGUUAACUAAGGUACCUGCAUGCCAAAUUUCAAGCGUCUAACUUAAGCGGUUUAGAUUUUUCAUACAAAAGGAUUUUCCCGCUAAUUCCCGUUCCCGUGGGAAUUCCAGGAAUUCCUUUCUUAGUGCACCUCUAUUACAAUGUAAUAAUAAUUACCUAUAGCUAGUAAUAAUUAUUAUGUUCUUCAACUAUCUACAACAAAGUAUGUAUAGGUACGUAGGUACUAAAACAAAUUCUGCUUUAUUAAAUACAAUUUUUCCAAAAUUAUAUCCUGAUUUUUAGUAGAUUUGUAAGUAUAAACAUCCUGUGAUUAUUUUGAAUAAAAUGUUAAAGUAGUUAGUAUGCGGUAUAGUAAUAAA